AUGAGUGAUGAAAAGAAAGACGAGGAUCCGAAGCCCGAUGAGGGCAAAGGAAAUGACCAGGACCGCAAGAAGGAAAGGGAAGCGGCCCUGGAGCAGGCACAGGCUGCGCGAGCAGCUGCGCUUCCGGCUGAGUACCUCGCCGCGACCUCGCACAUUCCUUCCUCCUUUUUCAACAACGCCGCGGCGGCGCUGUUGGGUUUGGAUAAGGACAAGGAGGCAGCAAAGGAUGGAGAAAAGAAAGAUGAAGCCAGAGAAGGGAAAGAUGGGUCGAAGCCCACGCCGCUCUCUGGCAUUCCGGAGGAGCCCAAGAGCAUGGGUGGCAUGCCGGGCCUGGGUGCUCCAGCGAAGGGCCCGGGUAUGGCGAUGCCGGGAACUGGUCCCGGAGGUAUGGGCAUUGGAGGAGCUGCGAAGUCCGCUGGCCUCCCCGCAGCGAUGAUGGCCCUGAGAAAGCCAGACGAGGGUCCUCCAAAGACGAUCCCGCCCAAGUUCGGAGCACCGGCGCCGCCGCCCAUCCCAGUGAAGUCGGGCAUGCCUCUACCACCUCCGGGUGGCCAGCCGUUUCCACCCAAGCCUGGUGCAAUGGCGAUGAUUCCAGCGAAGUCUGGCGGUGGCCCGAUGCCCUGCUUCGGCGGGCCUGGGCCUAUGAUGGGUAUGCCACCGAAGCCGGACAACAAAGAUGAUGAUGACGACUCGGAUGAUGACUCCAGCGACGACGACGGCGCCGGCCCGAAUCCAAUGAUGAUGCUAAUGAUGCUGAAACAGAUGCAAAAUGCCGUGAUGUCGAACAUGGACAAGGCGCCGCCAGAGAUGCAGCAGCAGCAGAAGAUGCUGCUCAACAUGCAACAGCAGUUUGAGUCGACGCUCAUGGCGAAGAUGGGCAUGGAGUCCGCUGGCGGAUCUGCGCCUUCGGACAUGCCCAUGUUUCCACCGCCUGGAAUGGAUGGGGGUUGUGGUGGCUGUGGAGGUUGCGGUGGCUGCGGCGGGCCGUGCGGACCUGGGCCAUGCGGACCUGGCGGGUGUGGAGGUUGUGGUGGGCCCUGUGGGCCCGGUGGCUGCUGCGGUGGGCCAUGUGGGCCGCCCGGCGGUUGUGGCGGCUGUGGCGACAAGCCUCGGCAGGAUGGUGGAAAGUCUUCGUUGCCUGCUGCUUUGGCGAACAAGCAGAAGAUGGAUGCAUCCAGCAACCUGAUGAGCGUUGCAUCUUCUGCAUCAGCUUCGUCACCGAAUGCAAUGAUGCCUUCGAGCAUGGGGCUGCCAGCCGCCCAGGCCAUGGCGGCUGCUGGAGCGACCCCUGAGAUGCUUCAGAUGAUGCAGCAGAUGAUGGGCAUGAACUCAGGCGGGUAUGUGGACCCAUCGCAAAAGGGGGCUGUGGAGGCUCAGCAGGAGGCCUUGGCGAAUGCAGCACGGGAGUUGCAGGCGGCGCAGGAAGCUGCAGCGGCUCAGCAGGCCGCGCUCGAGUCCAUGUCGCCGGAGCAACGCGAUGCGGUGUUGGCUGCUAUGUCCGCUGCCAGCGAGGCGCAGCAGGCGCAGCAGUCCCAAUUCUAUGAGGCCAUGAAAGCACACGAAAUGGAGAAGCUGCAGAAGAGCGGCUACUACCAGAGCAACCAGCCUGAGCGCUUCAAGGAUGGCUACCGACCGCUGCGAAUGUGCAAGCACUACAAGACCGACCAGUGUUGGCGAGGGCAGGAGUGCACCUACGCUCACAGCCUGGAGGAACUUCAUCCGGCCUCACCGGACCUUCCACGGGUGGAGGUGAAAGAAACAAAUGCGCUGGCGGAGCAGCAGAAGGUUGAAGACAGUGCGCCGGAUGUCCGCCUGAAGAAGAAAAAGGAGUUGUGCAACAAGUGGAAGAACGGUCAGGAUUGCGUGCUCGGAAGAGCUUGUCCUUAUGCUCAUGGAGAGAAGGAGCUGGGAACGGUGGAGCUUGUCGUUUGCGGGCGUGUGAAGACAAGAAUCUGCAAGUUCUGGACAACGGGAAGCUGCAUGUUCCUGGGCAACUGCGUCAACGCGCAUGGCGAGAAGGAGCUCGGCACGAAGAGGCCUGACUUCAUGACUCCUCCAAUGAAGAAGAGAAGGGAAGGAGAGUCCAUUGACGAGUUCCGAGAGCAGGUCAUUGCCAAGAAGGGUGGCAAGGGCAAGGGAAGGCCUGGCAAUUUAUUCUACAUGAACAGCGUCGCCGGCCCGCCCGGGGCGGACGUUGGCUGCGUGCUGGUUCGUAUUCUUCAUCCCAUUCGUGCUGUAGUCGCCGUGGUGCUGCGGACCCUGUUGCAGCUUGGAGGCUCAGCCACGCGCCGAUGCAGGGAGAAGGACGGUCAGUUUCAUGGUUUCAUUGAGUUGCCUGUGGCGGCUCACAGCUCAAGUCUUGGCAGGCCUGGCGUCAGCGAGGUCGGCGGGGAGAAGCCAUUGGCCCGCGAGGUAGCGAUUGCCUCCCGUGCCAACUCUGCGAGCCCACGUUAUGCGCCCCUUCGCUUCGGGGCCUCCAUCGUCCGACAACAGCGGGGGACGGGUGGCAGCUACUAUGACAGCUCGAGGCCGCGCACUGCCGAACCCACCGAGUCGUGCCAGAAGUCCAACUCACUGCAGUCUCACUCGUCUUCGCAGCUGAGACCGCAGACGGCCAAGGCCUCAAGCCGGAAGAGCUCCAGGUCCGGAGGAUCCUCAGGUGUGCCAAGAUCUUUGGACUCACGAGUGUACAUCGAGCCACCGCCGAUUGAACUGAUCCCGCCGUUUGUGCCGAUCAACGUGGCACGCCUCCGUGGACGUGAGACAACGCUGGUGCAACAGCUCCAGCAGGCUGUUGUCCCCGUGCCCAUGGAAGUUCCACCGCCCGAGCCGAAGAAGAAAGGUCUUGAUCGUGGCACAUGCGUGGCUGUUGGGGGGGCCAGGCGUGUGGAUAGGCCGAGUACUCCAAUGAAGUCAACUGAGCCACCUCCAAACGGAAGAUCAGAAGCUGAAGCCGAGGUGGUGGGCGAUGCUCCACAGGCGCAUGAGCGGAUCAGCCGCAUCCUGGAUAUCGUCAAGGGGAGCUCGAAGGUGCAGCCAGCCACAUCGGCUGGGCGAAAGAAGGCACAGAGCAAGCAAAACGGCAAAUCUCGAAAAGAGGAGAGCAUGCCUUCCACAGAAGGCCGGACCAAGGCCAAGGGCAUAGAGAAAGGCGCCGGGAAAGGCGAAGGUAGCAACAAUGCAGUUUUGCAGAGAAUAGGUCCAGAGGGCGUGCAGCCGUCUGAGAGCGAUGGCAAGGGCAAGAUGUGGAUCAAGAAAAACAAGAUUGCAAAGGAGGUGGAGGUGGAGGCGAGCAGCCAGGGGAGGACCGGCCUGAGUGCUCACGCCAAAGAGUUCACCCCGUUCGCAGCGGAGCUGAAGCCAAUCGGAUCAGCCAUCAAUGCCGAAGCGCCGGCAUUUGUGCCGCAGCUUGUCUCAAAGUAUCCUGGGGAAGUGCCAGGCUUCUAUGUGGAGGCCGAGGCAGUUUUCGGAUAUCCGGAGCACAUCGACCAUGCUGACCACUUUCAGGAUCCAGGAUGGUCCUAUCCAGUCUUUUGGCCCAGUGACAGCCUGGCUCCCUGCGCCGAGUCCGACUUUCCCGAGGUUGUUCCUGGCACCCGUGAGGGCGAGUUCGUUGGGCUUCAGUGCAUCGCCGAGAUGGGCGAGUGGGUUGUCUUCCGUGAGAAGAAGCCGAAAGCCAGGCCCUUCUUCUGGAAUAUGUCCACCGGCGAGAAGUCUUGGGAAGCUCCUGUCAUCCUGCAGGAGCUCGGGGUUGCGGAUACAUUGCUGAAGUGGUCGGAGGACCCUGGCUACUUUCGCUCAUUAUCAGUGUUGCACCAAUCGGUGGGGCAGAUAACGAUGUCCGCAAUCCCGAGCCCUUCCGUCGCAGAGAUCGGUUCAAGCCGAAAGCAGGCAAGAGAUCCAGGACUUCAACCAAGACCUGGCAAGCCUCCGGUCUUCAUCUUGAAGCACAACAGCAAGGCCGGAGGGACCUUCUCUCGCAUGCUGCUCAAAGCAGUCUUCAAGAACCAAGCUGAGUUCUUAAUCAUCGGCGAUGACAGCCCCUUGCUUCCGAAGACCCGCAAGGUGGACUUUGUGGCAGUCUUGAUGCGGAAUCCCUGUUCUUGGAACGUGGCUUGGGCCAAUGAAUGCCCGGCCAAGGCUUUCGAGUUCCUCCGGCCAACUUUUGGCCCGAACCCGUUUCAACCCAUGGGAUAUCUCGAACGACACACCACGCAGCAGGAGCUUAAAGACUGGGUAUUGAACUCACGGUCCCCAGAUGGGAUUGGGGUGCUCAGCUACUAUCUGUGGCAAUCGAUAUUCGCGCCAGAGUGCCACUUAUGGCACAAGAGGCUGUCGCAGGGGAAGCAGCCAUUUGAAGGCGCAACGCCUCAGAGGUGCAAUGACACUGCUCGAAUUCGCGAGGACCUUGCCGCUGCUGACCCACGACAACUGGCGCACUGCUGGAUCUUUCAGGAGACCCUGAUGGAAGACAUGCGGCAAUGCUUUCAGGCUUUCGAAGAAAUUCUCUCCAGGGAGGUGAUCGACUGGGACCUCUUCAACUCUGCCGCUGCCAAUCAAAGUGGGGAGGCGCUCUUCUUCGAGCGUGCCUGGAGCGUGGCGCGCUGGGCGGCACCAUCGCUUCAGAUCAGACGGCACAAGCCAUGUGCCGAGCACUUCCGUGACCCUGCAAUGAUCAGAAUCGUGCGCGAAGCAGAUCCAUACCUUUUCGAGAAGUUCGGAUACAGUCACUGCUGUAUCCCAAGUUCGCACAGAAUUUGGUAG